AGUCUGCUCCACGGGUUUUUUUGACGUUGAAUUCCAUGGGAACAUUGGCAGCAUCUAACCCUUAAUUGAUGGAGAGCCUCCGCGAAGAAUAUAUGUCAUUCACGACUUUUCUUUCUUCUAAUACCAAAUCCCCAAAUCAAAACUACAUUUCUCUUCAACUUUCUUUCCUCAAAAUAUAACAAGAAUCCCUACUUUCCAAUUUUAUUAUGGGUGCCUUUAGUAGCAAGAAGAAGACUAGGAAUUAUAAUUAUGGGAGGAAAAAUGUGAAGAGCUUAACAGAGGAAGUGAGGCUGCUGCAAAAGGAAAUCAACCAAAUUAUGCAUGAGAAGGAGAAGGAGACUCGAGAAUACGACAGACGAGUAAUGGCACUCACGUUUAGGGAAGCAGAGUGGAAGGGAGAGAGGAAGAAGCUGAAGGAGGAGGUGAAGAGGCUAAGGAAGGCAGUGGAUGAGAAGGAAGGAAAAAUUAGGGAAUUGGAAGAGAAUUAUGGGUUGGUUGGAGGGAAGUGUGUUUCUUGUGAUAAAGGAUGGCCAUUGUUGGGGAGCAGUGGCGGCGGCGGUGGCGGCUGCAGCAGCAUCUUGGUGGAGAAAGUGAGGGAGGAGAGAGCAAGGAGAAAUGAAGCAGUGGAGAAGUGGAAGCAGCUGUACCUUGCUAUCAAGACUGAGCUUGAUGAUCUCAUUCAGAGAACUCAUGGAGAUGCACUUUAUUGGAGAGCAGAGGAAGAAGAGACGGUGGAGGAGCUAAGAAGGGAAGUGAGGAGUAAAGAAGAAACCAUAGAAGGUCUACAAGUUCGAUUAGCUUUAAUGGAGCGAGAAGAAUAUGAAAGGAAAAGAGAAAUUGACAUUCUCAGGCAAAGUUUGCGAAUCUUGAGCUGCAGCAGGAAGAAAGUAUCAAAUGUUUCCAAGUCAGGACUAGUGAAAUACACAUGACAGAUGAUCCAAUCAAGGGGAUACUGCAAAGGCAGAAAAUUUCAUGUAGGGUUUUAGUUUUAAUUAAGCUAAAAAAAUGUGAAUUUUUUUCUUUCUUUCUUAUACUCCAUCUCGAAUCUUAUAUCUUUUUAGUUAAAAGCAAAAAUUUGCUUGUUUUUAUGAAAAUUGACAUUUCUUCGAAAUAUAAGACAAGUUACGAC